AUGGCCAACGCUCCAUUGUCAGACCAUGCGGAUGUGGCCACAGCGAUGUCCACAAGUUGGCGUUAUUGUCUGCACAUUGCAUACUACGGAACUGACUUCAUAGGUUGGCAACGACAGCAUCAGGAAGUAAAAAGUAGUUCGGGUCGCGAUAGUAUUCAGGAAGUGGUGGAAGCCGCAAUAACGGAGACUUUGGGAGCUGCACAGCGGGUUAAUGUCACUGCAGUCAGUCGCACGGACGCAGGCACCCACGCACUUUAUCAAUUUGGAUUCAUCCGCCUCCACUCAGAGCUGCAGAUGUCGUUGGAAGAGCUGAAAGAUCGAGUCAAUGCCAAAUUGGGAGAUGGUCGUGUGGUGGUGCAUGGCGUGACGAUUCCGACGACGGGUCCUUCGCGGAUUCGAUCCCGCUACAAGAAGUACAUUUACUAUUUGCAGCAAGGCUACCGACCAGAUCUGGAGCUAGGCAAAUACUCUUGGUUUCUUAGAAGGAGAUUGGACAUUCAGCGGAUUCGUGACGCGCUCAAGUUUUUGGAGGGCACGCACGACUUCCGGCCAUUCUCGCAGGGACUACAGAAGCACGAGUUUGCGGAUAUGACAACACUGCGUACUAUCAUUUCGACCAAGGUAGUUGUUCGACGGAAUGUGAUCUUUUCUCUCGAUCCAAGUGUGUGUGGUAGUGGUAAAAUUGUCGACCCUGCAGACAUGUACCAAGACGCAUCAAGCAAAAUUCUUAUGGAAACGCUUCGGCCAGAUGAUAGAGAGGCUGCCGCAGCAGGUGAGCACAAGAAGCAGAAUGUUGAGCAAGCAAAAGGUACGCCUGUGCAUUUCGUCUGCAUCGAGCUUGUUGCCAACGGCUUUUUGCGGCACAUGGUACGGCGCAUCAUUGGAACGUUGCGGCCAAUAGGCGAGGGCACUCAACCACCUUCCCGAAUGCAGCGUGUGCUAGCAAAUGAAGUCUUGCCCGGCCCGUCUGCGCCAGCAAAAGCUCUCUGGUUGUAUCGUACUUGGCUGACGCAAGAGCAAUAUGAUGCAGAUUGUGCUGCGGAAGAAUAG